GUAACCACGAAUUUUCACCUUUCUUUCCCACGCUUUUCCUCUCUCUCUCUCUCUCUCUCUCUCUCCGCCAGACCAACUGACGACCAGACAACACCACGCCCAGGAAAUAUCCUCAGAACAAAGACGACGAAGAAGGCGUCACACUCUCGUGGUUGCUUCCACAUCAUUUCUCCGACGAGGUCAAAGGUCUCCAGACAUAGAAUCACUAAUAAACAAACCUAUUUAUUUAUUUUUUAAUGCUUAUCUCUCGAAAUUUUUCCAGUGUGUUUCGUCGUUGGAAGAUUCGAACUUUGUCUAUUGUACAUUCAAAGUCGGCUCUCUUUUGGGAUCAAUUUUGUGUUUUGUAAAGAAAGUUGAGACAAUGAAGGCGGCGGAGACCUUGCAAGAUCUGAUUGAAGAAUUUAAGCUCCGAACGGUUUAUUGGGCACUUUGUGUCUUCGCCAUCUCGUACUUCCUGACGCACACAAGUAAAUUGAUGUGGAUGAAUGUUCCCCUAUCAAUACUUUUUGUUUGUGGAUUACGGGUACUAUUUAACGAGGUGGAGUUUAGAUGGAAAGUGCGGAAAGUUCGUCAGCAGACAUAUUUAGCACAUUUGGAAAAGAAGCAAUUGGUGGCGAAUGACUCUCGUCUUUCAACAACGCCACCAUCACCUAAAUGGAAGAGGAAGAUCACCUCCCCCAUUGUAAAGGCUGCAAUGGAGGAGUUUGUUAAUAAGCUUUUGCAUGAUUUUGUCACGGAUAUGUGGUAUUCAGAUAUUACACCAGACAAGGAGGCUCCUGAGCUCAUGCGAGCCAUAAUAAUGGAUGUUCUUGGUGAAAUAUAUGGAAGGUUUAAAGGGAUAAACCUAGUUGACUUGCUAACAAGGGAUAUAGUCGACUUAAUAGGGGAUCACCUUGAUCUUUUCAGAAGAAACCAAGCUUCUAUUGGUGUGGAUGUCAUGGGGACACUUACAUCAGAAGAAAGGGAUAAACGUUUGAAACACCAUCUUGUUGCUUUGAAGGAGCUUCACCCUGCAUUGAUAUCACCCGCAUUUGAGUACAAGGUUCUUCAGCGACUUACAGGUGGGUUGUUAGCUGUUGUGCUAAGACCACGAGAAGCUCAAUGUCCCUUAGUUCGGUGCAUUGCCCGAGAGCUUGUAACUUGCUUGGUAUUACAACCUAUUAUGGAUUUUGCAAGCCCCGUGUAUAUUAAUGAGUUGAUUGAGUAUAUUUACCUUGCUACUAAUGACGAAGGGAGCAAAGAGGUGGGGGCCAAACAGUCACCUAAUGCAACGACUCAUACCAGUGAUCAAAAUGAGUCGACUUCGAGGAAGAAUGCAUCUUCCUACAAGAGAGAGACUGCUCCAAAAGUGACAAGAUCCAACAAUCAGAAAGAGAUCUUCCUGGAUGCUUCAGAAAAUUUGAAUUCUGGUUUAAUCAGCGAAGAAUCCAUGCAGCCACGACCCGCUGACUGGACACGGAUGCUAGAGGUAGCAACCCAGAGGAGAGCAGAGGUUCUGAUGCCUGAAAAUCUUGAAAACAUGUGGACUAAAGGGAGAAACUAUAAAAAGAAAGCCCAGAAGAUUGCUGCAGGGGGACUUCGUACACAGGCUCAGCUAAGUGAUGGGAAGAACAAUUUGGUUCCCUUAUCUCAUGGCCCAAACAGGGAACAAUCUACUCAGGGAGAAGUUGUGGACAAAUUGGAGGAUAUUGCUUCUCUUACUGCCAAUGGACCUAAAGGGGGACUUAGGAGAUCAAACAGCACUUCUGCUCUAAAUAUUCAACCUAGUACUGAUGAAGUAUUCAGAAGUGAGAGUGGCGGGCCCAUUAUCUCAGAGUUCUAUAGCCCAAACUUUAGAAGGCAUAAUAAUCUGCAGCCUACUGUUAUGGGUGCUUUAGAUAUGGUGUCCCACGGUGAAGGAGUCCACAUGACCAAGCUUAGGUGCCGGGUUAUAGGAGCAUAUUUUGAGAAAGUAGGGUCAAAAUCAUUUGCGGUUUACUCCAUUGCAGUGAGGGAUGCGGAUAAAAACACUUGGAUUGUGAAAAGAAGAUACAGGAAUUUUGAGAGAUUACAUCGUCACCUUAAGGACAUUCCUAAUUAUACGCUACAUUUGCCUCCCAAAAGGAUAUUUUCCUCAAGCACUGAGGAUGCUUUUGUUCAUAAGCGCUGCAUUCAACUUGACAAGUACCUGCAAGAUCUCUUGUCAAUAGCUAAUGUUGCUGAACAACAUGAAGUAUGGGACUUUUUGAGUGUUUCCUCAAAGAGUUACUCUUUUGGAAAAUCUUCCACAGUGAUGAGAACUCUGGCAGUGAAUGUGGAUGAUGCCAUGGAUGAUAUUGUACGCCAGUUCAAUGGGGCUUCAGAUGGAUUAGUGCAGAAAGUUGUUGGCUCAUCUACCCGUCCUCAUGAAAUCUCUCCUGCCAUUCCGACCAGGAUCUUAUCUUGGAAUGCUGAUGAGAUUAGUAAACAUCUUUCAUGGCAAAAUACUGCAGAAUCAGCACAAAGCAUUUCUGAUAACGAGGAAGGUGAUAAAGAUGGAAUUCGUGGCCAUGAGGAAGUAGUACCUUCUGUGCUAGAUUAUGGGUGGCAUUCCGAUACUGAAUUGAACUCGAAGGGUUUCCCACCUAGGGUGAUUAAACGAGGUGACACUUUUACAAGCUUAAUCCAUGAGAAGAAAAAAGUUUCAGACGCAGAACCUGUGUCAGCCAGCCUGGGUCGACAUCAUGUGGCAGGUCUUCAAAUAACUUCUGAUCACUUGGAGGAUCCAGUUGGAGUGCCACCGGAGUGGACGCCUCCUAAUCUAACUGUACCUAUGUUGAAUUUAGUUGAUAAGAUGUUUCAGCUAAAGAGAAGAGGCUGGCUAAGGAGGCAGGUCUUCUGGAUAUCAAAGCAAAUAUUGCAGUUAAUGAUGGAAGAUGCCAUUGAUGACUGGCUUCUGAGGCAAAUUCAAUGGCUCCGGAGAGAUGAUGUGAUUGCUCAAGGGAUUCGGUGGGUCCAAGAUGUUCUCUGGCCUGAUGGCACAUUUUUUGUGAGAUUAAAUGCUCAAAACGAAACGGAUGACUUUCAAUCUAAUGAGGGAUCCUUUCAAACUACAAAUCGUGGCAGUAAGGUCUCUCAACCGGGUACUUUUGAGCUACAGCUUGAGGCUGCUCGUAGAGCAAGUGAUGUGAAGAAAAUGAUCUUCAAUGGAGCUCCAACUGCUCUAGUCAGCUUGAUUGGGCCUAAGCAGUAUCGGCGUUCUGCAAAAGAUAUAUAUUACUUCCUUCAGUCUACAAUCUGUUUGAAGCAACUUGCAUACGGAAUUCUUGAACUGGUGCUCGUUUCAGUUUUCCCUGAGCUGAGGGAUAUUGUGCUUGAUGUUCAUGAAAAGAUGCGCGGUCAACCUGUAUAGAAAGAGUUAUUCAUUUUUUCGUCACGCACUUCAUCAUUCCAUUCAAGAGUGGAUGUUCAAUUUUCCGACGAGUAUGAGGCUCAAAAGAUGGAAUUGGUCCACGAUCAAUGGAUUCAGCUGCUUGUACGGCUGGGCUUCAUGGAUGGCUUUGUGGUUAUGUUCUUUCCCUCAAUGAAGAGAAAAAUGGGAUUUUUGGUAGAUGUACAAGAAUCGCUUCUGUGAUGUGGAAAAUGGGUCUUUCUGUCCACCUCUUCUUGCUGUACAGGAUACAAAGGAAACAAUCAGAAAUGUAUAGAGGUCCCCUGUGAUGAAAAUAUAUAGGACUUAAUGUAAUACCCUUUGAAGGGAUUUUGUAUUCAUUCUUAACGAUUGCUACGUCAAGAACCGUGUUCACUGCUGAUUUUAAGGCUCUAUUCAUUCGUCGUUUCGGUAAAUUUUCCAGGCAAA